GGAGGCAGACGUGGACAUACUUCCAAGGAGAAGAAGACCCUGGCCGAGGGCAGUCUGGCCUGGAAGCUCACUUACUGGGCCUGGACACCAAGGGAUGUGUACUGGGCACCUGUGUCUCGUGUCGCCAAAGCUGGUUCCUGCCGGAGUUAAUCGAGAUGUCUUGGAGAAGCUGUGAAGAAAUUUGCAAAUGCGUGACUGGAACGCAGAACCACGAGGACGUGGAACCAUUCAUUUGCUAAGAUUGGCAAUGCUGUCAUCAGAGUUUUAGGCCUUUGACUGAAACAGCUGAAACUUUGAAAGCAGUUCAGAGGAGUCACUUCAAGGACUUGCCGAAAGCCGUCACAGCCCGUGCGGGGGCUCUCAAUGGGAUGACGUUCUACGCCGCCCUGCAGGCUGAGGACGGGCACUGGGCCGGUGAUUACGGUGGCCCGCUCUUCCUCCUGCCAGGCCUCCUGAUCACGUGCUACGUGGCGCACAUUCCUCUGCCGGCUGGAUACAGAGAAGAGAUUACACGGUACCUGCGGUCUGUGCAGCUUCCUGAUGGCGGCUGGGGCCUGCACAUUGAGGACAAGUCCACGGUGUUUGGGACUGCGCUCAACUAUGUGUCUUUGAGAAUUCUGGGCGUGGGGCCUGACGAUCCCGACCUGGUGCGAGCCCGGAAUAUUCUUCACAAGAAAGGUGGCGCUGUGUUCAUCCCCUCCUGGGGGAAGUUCUGGUUGGCUGUCCUGAACGUGUACAGCUGGGAAGGCCUCAACACUCUGUUCCCAGAAAUGUGGCUGUUUCCUGACUGGAUGCCCGCGCACCCCUCCACCAUCUGGUGCCACUGCCGGCAGGUGUACCUGCCUAUGGCCUACUGCUACGGCACCCGGCUGAGCGCCGAGGAGGACCCGCUGGUCCAGAGCCUCCGCCAGGAGCUCUACGUGGAGGACUACGGCCGCAUCGACUGGCCGGCGCACAGGGACAGUGUGGCCCCCGAUGAACUGUACACGCCGCACAGCUGGCUGCUCCACGUGGUGUACGCGAUCCUCAACCUGUACGAGCGCCACCACAGCGCCAGCCUGCGGCAGCGGGCCAUCCAGAAGCUGUACGAGCACAUCGCAGCCGACGACCGCUUCACCAAGUACCUCAGCAUCGGCCCGAUCUCGAAAACCAUCAACAUGCUUGCGUGCUGGCACAGGGAAGGGCCGGCCUCCUCUGCCUUCCAGGAGCACUUGUCCAGGAUUCCCGAUUACCUCUGGCUGGGCCUCGAUGGCAUGAAAGUGCAGGGUACCAAUGGCUCGCAGAUCUGGGACACCGCGUUCGCCAUCCAGGCUCUGCUGGAGGCGGGUGCACAACACAGGCCAGAGUUUUCGUCCUGCCUGCAGAAGGCACAUGAGUAUCUCCGGGUCUCGCAGGUCCCAGACAACCUCCCCGACUACCAGAAGUACUACCGCCAGAUGAGCAAGGGCGGCUUCUCCUUCAGCACACUGGACUGUGGCUGGAUUGUUGCCGACUGCACUGCUGAGGCCUUGAAGUCCCUCCUUCUCCUGCAGGAAAAGUGUCCCUUUGUCACUAAGCACGUCCCACGAGAGCGGCUCUUCGAUGCUGUCGCUGUGUUGCUGAGCAUGAGAAACCCCGAUGGAGGGUUUGCCACCUACGAGACCAAGCGUGGGGGACACCUUCUGGAGCUUCUGAACCCCUCGGAGAUCUUCGGGGACAUCAUGAUUGACUACACAUAUGUGGAGUGCACCUCGGCUGUGAUGCAGGCGCUGAAGCAUUUCCACAAGCAGUUCCCAGACCACAGGGCCGGAGAGAUCAGGGAGACCCUCGAGCGGGGCCUGCAGUUCUGUCGGCAGAAGCAGAGGCCUGAUGGCUCCUGGGAAGGCUCCUGGGGGGUGUGCUUCACCUACGGCACCUGCUUUGGGCUGGAAGCCUUCGCCUGCAUGGGGCACACUUACCGCGAUGGGGCUGCCUGUGCAGAGGUCUCCCAGGCCUGCGACUUCCUGCUGUCCCGACAGAUGGCAGAUGGAGGCUGGGGGGAGGACUUCGAGUCCUGUGAGCAGCGGCGCUACGUGCAGAGCGCCCGCUCCCAGAUCCACAACACAUGCUGGGCCCUGAUGGGGCUGAUGGCCGUCAGGCACCCUGACGUAGCGGCCCUGGAGAGGGGAGUCAGCUACCUGCUUGGGAAACAGCUGCCCAAUGGCGACUGGCCCCAGGACAACAUCGCUGGGGUCUUCAACAAGUCCUGUGCCAUCAGCUACACGAGCUACAGAAACAUCUUCCCCAUCUGGGCCCUUGGGCGCUUCUCCCGCCUGCACCCCGAGAGCGCCCUGGCCGGCCACCCUUGAGAGCACGUCUGUGGGCACCUGGGGGGGGGGGCUGGUCAUGGGAGUUCCAAACGAGGUUGGGGCAUCUCAGAGGGGCCGAGGCAGCCCCCUCCCUGCCCGCUUCGGCGGGAGCGCUGAGCCUGGGCCUGUGGCACGGGCAGGGCUGGUGCCUUCAGACCCAAUUUUCAGCGUAGGGUUAGUUCUGAGAACAGUUGGUCGAGCUCGGGUGAGGGAAGGAACAGGAUGAGCCAUGAGGGCGGGUAAAGCACAGUGCGCUCCGUGGUACCCCCUGGCGUGGUACGUGUCCCCUCUGUGGGCGUGGGGCUGGGAGGGCUUUCCUGACCGGUGACUGAGUUCUCAGGAGCGGAGCAGCUGUGCCUCGUCCGCGUCCUGCCUUGGGCCCUGGAGGACCGGCUCUUCCUGUCUCUGUCUCUGGCUGAGGGAUGGGACAGCCGCCCUGAACGGCCUGGCAGGAGAGGCUGGGCCUCCCUGUUCACUGUGGCGGCUCAGGCUCGGCGAGGAUCAGGGACCAGACGCUGCACGCUGGCCUGCCCCAGGUCUCGAGCUCGCCAGCGCUGCGUCAUGGUUCAGCCAGCCUGUGGGGCGCCAGCAUCGCUACCUCCAGAGGUUGUAGUCGUCUUGUAGUGACAGAUGGGAGGCCAAGCGUAAGGAACGGUGAGGGGUUGUUAAUGGCCACACAACAGUGGGGCCCUGAUGUGUGUUGGGGACACCCGUCACCCCCCUUUGUGCUCUAAGCUGAAGGGAGGGUCAGAUUUCCAGGGUGCUGCCUCUCAGGUGGUGAGCCUCUGAAUUCCCCUCUGGCUUCUAAACCCGUCUGGCUUAACGUGCAUGGGCUUGGGGCUCAGGAUGGAAAAUCCAAAUCCUGGAAUUGCCUCUGACCCACGAGGAUGAGCAGGAGUGUGGCUGUGAGGGUCACUGAGAGCGUUGAUGAGAGUCAAACCCAGGCCUGGUGUCGCCCCAGGAGCCCACCUGCUUCUCGUCCCCCCCCAGGGCCUUCUCCGUCUGCUGUUCCUCUGUGCCUCUCCCUGUCUGACGGCAGCCCUGGCUGCGCGGCCCCAGCGGACCGCCCUCCCUCUGACAGCCAGAGACACGCCUGGAUGCCCCCCCUGCUCCCGCCAUCCCUGCCCAGACCCUUAGGGCGCUCUCCGAGGUUUCCACCACGUGGCCUUGCUUCCGCAGCUCUCGUGGCCCCCGAGUGCUCUCCCUGACUCUGCCCGGGGCUCGCCUGCGUCCGGCCUUUGCCUGAGCUGCCCCCCACUGCCCUCCUGCCCCAGGUGGUGCUCUACCUGCUCUGAGCCCCGCAGGGCCUGGGCGCGUGUACGCCCUGGCAGGUCCUGCUGGCUCCACCGGCUGCCACACUGUGGAACGUAGCGGGUGUUCAGCUGGUGCUAGUUGGAUGUCAGCACUUGCCCCAGACGUUUUUAAACUAGGGUUUAUUUUGCUGAGGAAGCUGCGCUGGGCCCCUUUGAGAUCUGUCAGAGUUGCUCUUGCACCAGCAGCGCAGACGGUGAUUUCCAACAGUCUGCUGCUUGCAGCGGUCACUGCCCAGCCAUGAUCAGAUCACUGGAUGAAACAUAAAGCUUCCAGGAAAGAAAUGAAAAUCCACUGUUAUACUGAAACAUUUUUGAACGUCACCUAUCUUACCAGCUACCUUAAUACACAGACAUUUGAGUCCCUUAGGCAGAGGCUUGUCGUGCAUGUGUUUUGUUUCAUCCUGGAAACCGUCAUGGAUUGGGGUCCCUCGUGCCCCACGUCGGCCGCUGGACCACCACCCCUCAGUCUCAGGGAACAAGAGAAAUUGUUCCCAGAUAAGCAGGAUACACCUCUAGUUAUUUGAGGGGAAAAUAUUUGCCUCAACCUGAUUAAAAGUCAGGUUCUGUACCCUGGGUGAAUGAUGAACAUGUCUUGAAUUCGAAUUGUUUCAUUCUUGGUUGUCAGGAGGAGCAAAUUCUGAGUGUUGUGCUGGGAACUUUUCUCUGGAGCCAGGGUAGCUCUUCUUGUUCAGCAGGAUGUAAACUUCAGAUCUGACCCUUUGAGGGAUUCUCUAACUGGAAAUGCUUAACUCACAAUGGAAACUUAUCUCCAAGAAAAUGCUUUCCUUACUGAACAUAACCAAUGUCGAUACGUAGAUUUAAAUUUUAUUCGGACAAUAAAAAUGUUUGAACAAUUGAUACAAUCAA